UGGAGCAUCUUAAAAGGUUGUAUUCAUAUCAUAUUUUCUUCUUUUCCUAGAUUCACCAAUGUUGUAGCGAAAUGGCCUGGUUCGACACAUGAUAAUAUCAUAUUUGAAAACUGUGGGCUUAAACAGUGGAUAGAAAAUGGAACCCCUGGCUGGUUGAUAGGAGAUUCAGGUUAUGCACUCAAAAGUUACAUGCUAACACCAAAGAUUAAUCCAUCUACCAGACAAGAGGUCUCAUUCAAUAAUGCACACAGCAGAACACGAAUGGUGGUUGAGAGAGCCUUUGGUAUAUUGAAAAGUCGUUUUCGGUGCCUUCACAAGACAGGAGGUUGUCUACAGUUUUCUCCAGAAAAAUGCGCUAAAGUGUUUGUUGUUUGUGCCAAGUUACACAAUCUGUGUAUAGAUGAUGGUAUGGCACUUGAAGACAUUGAAAUUGACAAUGAUAAUAAUAAUGACAUGAUUGUGAAUAAUGAACCCAAUGCAAUGAGGGCUAGAUCAAGUAUCAUAAAUACAUUUUAAGGUACAUGUACAAUAUAAGUGUGAAAUGUCAUUCAUUCUUACUGUAAAGAUAUUGUCAUGACCCAUGAAAAGGAAAUUGUUUCUUUUCACAUGAAUAUGCUCCAUUUGUUACAUGCUUUGGAGUUAAAAGUAAAAUGGUAUUGAUAAUUUCCACAGUAAAUAUUGAAAUAAAAGACAGUUAUUAUUACGAGGUUACAGAGCAAAAUCAGUAAAAAUGACUUAAAAUGCAUGAAAUAAAUAGAAUAUUUGUUUUUCUUGUAUAUCAGACAUGGAUUAUCUACCGUUUAUAUUGGUGCUAGAAAACUCUAAUCUUACAACCCCCAUGUAAGUCGAGUCGCGUGCUUUAAAUGACGUCAUUGCGGCGCGCUAUUUAUGAAUGAAUUAUUCUUAGGAUAAUGUCACUUAACUGUUAGGAAUAAAGUUGUAAGUUCAUACACAACUAUUAGAAAAAGGUGCGUAAUGAGAAUAUCAGUUUUCAUAAUUUGUUUUGAAAAUAAUUUAUAUGUAAUGUGCUAAAAAAGAAUCAAACACAGGCUGUCGGUGCAGAUGGGCAUAUCUAGUUCUCGGGGUAACUGUUUAGCGGACACUCGGCAGAGCCUUGUUACCGCAGUAAACAGGUACCCUCGAGCUAGAUAUUCCGGUCUGUACUGGCAGCCAGUGUAAGAUUCUUAGAGAUUACCUGUAAGAUUGAAACAUAUUUCACUCAUGAACACCAGCUAUCAUAUCUUCACUUGUGGCUAUGUUACUCGUAAGGAU